CCAGCGCACUGCAGCGCAUCCGUCGUUGUCUUACUCUUAACAAAGUGUUUCCUCUCACUCCAACAACAAACCGCGCUUCCUCCAAACACCUGGAUGUGCACCGUGGAUACGAGCCUCUCCCCCCGCCUCCUAGUUCCCUUUACGCUCAGUCUUAACUCGCGUUUGCGCCGACAGACGUGAUGCGCUGGAUGCAUUUUCUCCGGAGAUUGUGAAGCAGGGAGCAGGUCAGCACUCCGGAGCCAUGUGGACAGCGGACACGUCCUCUGGAGCGAACACGGGAGGCAAAGGCAGACUUUAGACAGAGAGCGGUGCUGCGCUUUCCUGGAAAAUAACGCCUUCUAGGAAACCGACACAGACGAGAUGGUAGAGAAGUAAGUAGCCUACCUUGACAUCAAGUGGCCGCACCUGACCUCCUUGACCCAAAGGCUGCCGUCCACAAUUCCAAGCCUCGCCUGUCGUUCUCCGCAAAACCAGUGGUGCUGAACACUCCCGAUGAUGAGUGCGACACCCGGACCACAGUCAUGAGGUGGAAAACUGUGUCGGCCAUUUUCUUCCUGGUGGUGCUGUACCUCAUCAUCGGGGCGACGGUGUUCCAGGCUCUGGAGCAGCCUUACGAAAGCCAGCUGAAAUCGGCCAUUCUGGAGGAGAAACUGAAGUUCUUGGCCAAGCACAGCUGCAUAAAUUCAACGGAGCUGGAGGAUCUUGUCAAGCAACUGGUUUCGGCAGUUCGUGCUGGAGUGAAUCCAUCGUCAAAUUUAUCCAAUCAGACGAGCCUGUGGGACCUCAGUUCCUCCUUCUUCUUUGCCGGGACCGUAAUCACCACAAUCGGAUUUGGGAACAUCUCUCCCCACACAGAAGGAGGACGGAUCUUCUGCAUCCUCUACGCUCUGCUGGGCAUUCCCCUGUUUGGGUUCCUGUUGGCCGGUGUCGGCGACCAGUUGGGAACUAUUUUUGGGAAAGGCAUCGCCAAAGUCGAGAAGAUGAUUGUGAAGUGGAAAGUCAGCCAGACAAAGAUCCGCGUCAUCUCCACCCUGCUCUUCAUCUUGUUCGGGUGUCUCAUCUUCGUGGCCCUGCCAGCUGUCAUUUUCAAACAUAUCGAAGGCUGGAGCACGCUCGAGUCCAUCUACUUUGUCGUCAUCACCCUCACCACCAUUGGUUUCGGAGACUUCGUGGCCGGAGAAAAAGGUCAUCUGACCGAGGGCGUUUCAGAGAAUCUCGAGUACCUCGACUACUACAAGCCGGUGGUGUGGUUCUGGAUCCUGGUGGGCUUGGCGUACUUUGCAGCAGUGCUCAGCAUGAUUGGAGACUGGUUCAGAGUCAUCUCUAAGAAAACUAAAGAGGAGGUCGGGGAGUUUCGUGCCCAUGCUGCUGAGUGGACGGCAAAUGUAUCAGCGGAGUUCAAAGAGACCCGCAGGCGGCUCAGCGUCGACAUCUACGACCGGUUCCAGCGGGCCGCGUCCAUCAAGCGCAAGCUGUCGUCCGAGCUGGGAAUUAACGCCACCAUGAACCAGGAGAUGACCCCUGGGAAGAGGACGCUGUCAGCCAACCUGGGCGAGGACAAAGAGACGUACCCCUCCUUGACGCUUUCUCCAAGUCCCGUCCCGGGUGCUCUCACCAGGAACGGCAGCUUGUAUCUGAACGGCCUCAGUCCAGAUUACGCUGAUCGACAGGAAAUCGCCAUAAUCGAAAACCUCAAAUGAGUAUCAGUACAAUGAGGGAGGAGUCAUUGCAUUGAGCGUUGCAGCUGUGAGACUGAAAACAAACCAGAGGAUUCGGUGAUCAUUGACUGACGCCAGACAUUGAUGAGGUACCUGAACGAAGCAGAUUGCUUUCCCGCGAUUUAAACACCCAAGCACAGAUAAAUCAUCAAGCUGUUCGCUCUUGUCCAUGUUUAUCUCUUCCACAGAAAGGAAAGAAAACAGAUUGCAUUGAAUCUGUAGAAGAAGUCAGACUUUACCGAAGAUCUGUUUGUACCUGAGCCAAAUGGAACGAGAUUGAAUUUAAGGCGCAAGUUCAAACGCCGCUGAAGCUGGAAGGAGAUAAAAGUCCACCCUGAGGCUGCAGGCAGCACACUCGUCUUCUUUUUCACAGUAUUCCCUGGGAAACACAAAACAUAAGAAGCAAUAGAGGGAUCUGCACUCACCUGGUGACAGCCACCCUAAAACGGGGAUCGAAUCAAUGAUCCCCAAUAGUUAAAAAACACCAAAUUAUCGGCCAUGGGUCUAUCCUGUGGUUCUUUACGGGCAGAAAUCCUGGAAGGAAUGUUCCUUUUCUCAUCGCUCCUCUUCUGUUUACUUUAUCUGCCUUGCAUUUGCCACUUAACCCUUUACUAAAGAGACGAAUGUUGACAUGUUUGCUUUCUCCAUGAACUUCUCAUCCCGAGGGAUAAUUCACUGGUGCCUUAUUGAAAACACUGGACAUGCGAGGGCAACAAAAGACUCGUGUCCAUCUUCUCAUGUGUUAUUUUUGAUCACAGUAGUAAUAAGGACAUUUUUGAAAUGCAUCGUGGACAGUUAAAGAAUUUUUUUUAAAAUACUUAUAUAGAACGUUUAUAAAUGAAAGCGGAGAACAUAAUGUUUUAAAGGUGAAUGUGUUCUUGACACACUAAAUAGCUGCAUACUGUAAAGUGUUUCAGACAUCAAAAUCCAUCCCCCCCUCACCCCGAGUCAAAGUACCAUCUGUUUAGGUCUUGGGUUUGAAUAGAGCAUCAGCUGGUCUGUAUGAGUUAUUUGUAUUAAUCUUCUCUGAGAUUUUCCGAAUGAGUAAUCACACAUCAGCCAUAAAAAUUAAAUUUUGUUUUCCACAGAAAUUAAUGAAUACUUAGUGCCUUGCAAAAGGAUAUUUACACCUUGAACUUUGUCGUAUUAGAACAUACUUUUUAAACAAAAAAUACUUUACAAAUAAAGACACAAAGCUGUGGCGUGUAUUUAUGUUCAGCUCAUAAAAGUCAAUGUUUUUCCUGAACCACACUUUGCUGCAGCUGCAUUUCAUUUGAGGUCUGCCAGAUUAGAAACAUUUAUUCCAAUAUCAAUAAUUAGCAAAAUUGCGCAAUCUUGUUCAGAUUGGAUAGAGAAUAUGUGUGAUCAUCAUUUUUUAAAUCGUUCCACAAGUUUCCCAUUGAUUUAAUUCUGGGAUUUGACUGGGCCCUUCUGUCACGAACAUGAUUUUUCUCUAUUAAAACCUUGGUUGCAAGUUAAGAGUUGCUGAAAGCUGAACUUGUACACUAAUCUCAAUUUUUUAUUUUUUUUUGCAGACUCAUCAAAACAUCCACACAACAUGAUUUUUCAUCUGAUUUGACCAGACAGCCUGUGCUCAAAUGUUAGCCGUUCGCUUGUGGUAAACUUUAAAUAGGACCUGCUACAGCUUCAUUUUGACAUUGCUUUGCUCCCUGACACUUUUACAAAAAUGGAAGAUUUGUGAAGGUCACGACAAACAGUCGUAAGCAUGCUUACCGUGCGUCAUUUUCCUUCAACUGCUCAAUCACUCACCAUAUUGGUCCAUCACAUGAAAUCCUAAAAUAUGUUGAACUUUGCUGUUGGAAUUUGACAAAAUGUGCAAAAACUGAAGAGGUAAGAAUGCUCUUGCAAGGCACUGCAUGGUGCUGUAGCAGUAAAGUCUAGGGGCAUUUGAAGCACAUUUGUUGCUUUGUUUGAUUGAAUUUGUCUGCGAACAUUUCUUCGGUUAAAGUAGAUGGAGUAUUUAAUGUUUUGCCAAUACUGAAUGUACACCACACGAAACCUUUCAUUUAGCCUGCUGCAUUUUGCAGCAGCGACUCAAUAGCCAAUAAGUCAGCAGCAAAUGAGGUGCUGCACUUAGGAAUGGACGCACUGAAUGAAUGAUGCCUUUGAAAAUUUGUGCAUCUAUCUUUUAGGCCCACUGGGUGAUUACUGCAGCAAAUCAUGCUCCCUCCCCAAGUGUCCCAAUCUUUUUUUCUUUUGACACUUUUGUUUUUAGUCUUUCUUUGACAUGUUGACCUGCAAUGUUAUACUCUGACAGCAAAUACUUAAAAAAAUGAUUUUACAUGUUACUUGAUAUAAUUUAUAGAAAAGUCACAUAAUGUGUUAAAGACAGUUGAUAAAUUAUUAUUAUUAUUAUUGGAGUACUCAAAUGACAGCAGAACAAACAGAUUCACAUGGCAGAGGGGAGGUCAAAAUGGAGAGGG